UGGCAAUUUAAACUUGUGCAAAUCUGGCCGUCUUGCAACUUAAGCGUACUUCAGUUUCCGCAAUCAACCGCGGCAUUGGUACUUUAAAAUAACCUACUAAGCGAAGCAACGAGCGAACCUUUGAAGCACGAAGAGGCCACGGAGCGAUUUUGAGCUUACGGAAGCCAGACAUGGGCAACUUUCAAAUGCCGUAUGAGCCUGAUAUCGGUGAUAGACAAGUACAGUCGGCCACUAGAAUCGUAUACAACGAUGCUGUUGGGCCUGGUCAAUUCCGCUUAUUGGAACUGAAUGGCACAGAUGCACAUGGCCUGUUGCAAUGCUCGCUGAAGACUCACCGCUUGAAAGACGGAGACUUCCCAUCUUAUUCUGCAAUAUCGUACACAUGGGACCCGAGCGAGCGUGUCUGGUACGGAACAUACGAUCCGUCGGCGGACCAGCCAAUAUUACUCAACGGUACAUUGACAGCAGUGAGCAACAAGGUGGCCAACAUAAUGAGCCUCAUGUAUCAGCAAGGACGACGGUCUAUCUGGAUAGACAGCAUAUGCAUCGAUCAACGCAGCAUCGACGAUAAAAGCAACCAAGUAUCGCAAAUGGGCGCCAUCUACAUCAAUGCAAUCGAGGUCAUUUCCGUUCUGGGCUCACCUUCUUCCAAGUCAGACGAUGCACUCACAGCCGAUCACUGGUUCUCCGAGAGCUAUCGCGACAAGCAUGCGGAUCAGCUAGCGUUUGGGCUGUACGAUGUCCUGGCUUUCAAUGGGUACUGGCGCCGUGCUUGGGUCUUGCAGGAGAUUACACUAGCCAGGAAAUCUCUUCUAUGCUGUGGAUCGCGCCUGGUCGAUUUCGAGACUGCGAAGGACUUCUUUGCUACCUUUCAAGCGCAAAGUUCGUUCAGCAGUCUUACCAACUUUCGUCAGACCGGGGAGCAAUUGCGUUAUUUGAAGAAGGUUUUGGUGAGCCAAAUGGACGAAGGUACUUCGUCCGAGCCUUUCGAGUUGGGCUCAAUCAAAAGCUUCCGAGGACAAGCAUUCUUAGAUCUGCUAAGAGGCUCAAGGCGGUUUGAUCGGUGUCAAGACCCAAGAGACAUGAUCUACUCACGGCUUGCCCUGGCCACAGACGCGGCGAACCUGGUCGACUCGCCUGACUAUUCCCUCACACCUGAGCAAGUCUACGCAAGGUUCGCCGUGAAUUGUGUCACAAAGACUGGCUCACUCGAAAUCCUGACUCAUGCGACUAGACCGACAUCUGCUCGAAAGAUGUCGAGCUGGAUCCCAGACUGGACCCGACAAGACAAAUUCGAGGGCACGGGUAUCUGGAAGCCAUCAAGUAUGACAGAAGUCAACCAUGCUUCCAUGGCUGCUAUCACGUGGGAGAAGACAGAUCCACCCCACGUUCGUUGGGAUGAAGACGUUCUGGAAUUGACUGUUCCGGCACGCGUGCUUCAUGCUGUCCCACCAAAGAAGCAAGCAACUGCAUCGCGAGCUAUCUGGAAGGCCGUCACCGGACAUGUGAAGGAAAGCUGGCACGAGAUGCUGGACACCGACGACGCCGAAGCAUUAAUCACCGGGGAUCUAGUCUGCGUACUGCCGAGCUGCUCUCAGUUUGUCUGUCUGAGGCCCCAGGGCGAUCAUUAUACUGUAGUUGGUCGUGAUCCUGAUUGGCAGAAACGUAUCAUAAAGGAGAUCUUGAUCGAGCAUGUUUGGAGCUAUGAAGCAGAAGAAUCUGGACAGAAGAAGCGGGCGAAGUGGAGGUUUCGUGAUCCGGGUGCAGUCUCGCGCAUGGAGGUAAAAAGGCUGAAGGUCCGUUGAUCAGCUUCAUAGGAUUGGAAAGCGGCAAUUGCAC